AUGUCUGAAAUGAACAAGCUGUCCGAGCUCUAUGAGGAGAGCAACGACCUGCAGAUGGAUGUGAUGCCUGGCGAGAGGGACCUUCCGCAUAUGGAGGCAGGCGGCGGGGGCCGGAAGCUAUCCCCGAACCCUUCCCACGCCGGGGCCCAGAUGGAGGAAGGCCCAAUGCAAGAGGAGGCAGCCCAGCAAAUGGGGGAGCCACAGGGGCCCCGAGGCCUAGCUUGCCGGCCUAGCCCUGGGGAGCAGCCAGGCGAGAUCGCGGGCUCUGAUUUCGAGAGCGAUGACUAUCAGGAAGAGAAGCCUCUCAGUGGUGCGGGCUAUCAAGUAUCGGCGGCCCUUGAAGAAGCCAACAAGAUGUUUCUGAGAACCUCCACAGCCAUAGAAGCAGCUCUGGAUGGCGGGUUUCAGAUGCAUAAUGAGAAGACCCCGUUUGAUCAAUUGGUUUUUAUCAAAGAGCUUCUUUCACCUACGGUUGUCAAUCGUCUGACCAAAGAACUCGGCUGUAGUGAGAUUAUUGAUUGA